AUGUAUCAAUUGUGUCUUCAAGUUAAAAAUGAUAUUUUGUCUGGAAAAUUACCAUGCUCUUUUGUAACGCAAGCAUUACUGGGCAGUUAUCUUGUCCAGUCAGUGCUUGGAGAUUACGAUCCCGAUGUUCAUAAAGAAAAUUAUUUGUCAGAGUUUAAAUUUGCUCCCAAUCAAACUGAGGAGUUGGAAGAAAAAGUAGCAGAAUUACAUAAAACCCAUAAAGGUCAAACUCCGGCUGAAGCUGAAUUGAAUUAUCUAAAAAAUGCCAAAAAAUUGGCCAUGUAUGGGGUGGAUUUACAUCCCGCCAAAGACAGUGCUGGAUUAGAUAUUUUGUUGGGGGUUUGUUCAUCUGGACUACUCGUUUACAAAGACAAGCUAAGAAUUAAUCGUUUCGCAUGGCCGAAAAUAUUAAAAAUAUCUUAUAAGCGACACAAUUUUUACAUUAAAAUCAGACCUGGAGAAUUUGAAAGGGUCGAAUCUACGGUGGGCUUUAAACUAGCCAAUUACAGGGCAGCCAAAAGAUUUUGGAAAACAUGCGUUGAGCAUCACACUUUUUUUAGAUUGAUGACUCCUGAGCCUAUUCAAAGUAGGUCAAAGUUUCCUACUUUUGGAUCAAAAUAUAGAUAUUCCGGGCGAACGCACUACGAAACUAAAAAGGCCCAAAUCGAUAGACCGGCUCCAGAUUUUGAAAGAACCUUAAGUGGCCGUAGACUUAGCUCAAGGUCAAUGGAUACUCUAGGUUAUAGUAAAAACGACGCAUACGACUUACAAAACGACGAACCCAGUAAACGUCACACGAUGUCACAUCCUCCAGUUUCUGGUUCAGGCUCGGACAAGAAAACCAGAAAAAAUUGGAAGGUAAAGUACCUUUAA